UCUGAUGUUGACUGACAGUUUAGAGUAUCAGGUCACCGCUGGAGGGCGGGGUUUCUUGUUGCUCAACAUGGCUGCGCCCGGCACAAAUCAACAGGUUUGAAGGUGUAAAUGAUGUCCAAGGAACAGGUGAUUAUCAGUGAGCUCCUGCCCUCAUUGGACAGUUCAGAGCUGCAGGAGGUGGAGCAAGUGAGAGCGACAGUCAAUCAGCAGCUGAGCACAGACAAAGGAGGGGCUGUCCUCUCAUCUCUGGUGGACUAUUACCUUGACUCCACAUCCCCUCAGGCAGUGCUGCUCCUGUCCACCGUCAGAGAGCCUCAUCAUAAGCCCUUGUUAGAGAAGCUGAAUGAGUCUCUGAACAGACCUGGGACCAGAUUGGCUGGUCUCACACUGCUGGGUCACCUGAUUAGGAAACAGCCUCCAUGGGUUCAUCACAUCAGCCGCUCAGCCCUGCUGCCGUCCCUGCUGCGCUGCCUAAAAACUGACAGCGAUGUGGUCGUCCUUAUCACCGCAGUCCUGGUCCUUAUCACUCUGUUACCCAUGAUCCCUCAGACUGGGAAGCAACACAUCUAUGAUUACUUUGACGUGUUUGGACGCCUGGCAUCCUGGAGCUACAGAAACCCUGGUCAUGUACCUGUGGUCCACCUGGUCCAUCUUCAUGCUGGUGUGUAUUCUCUGUUCCACCGUCUGUAUGGGAUGUUUCCCUGUAACUUCAUUUCCUACCUGAGACUCCACUACAGCAUGAAGGAGAACCUAGACACCUUCCAGGAGGUCAUCAAGCCCAUGUUGGAACAUGUCAGGGUUCACCCUGAGUUGGUCACAGGGACUCAGGACCAUGAACUGGACCCAUCCAGGUGGAAGUGUUACGAAGUGCACGACAUUGUGAUAGAGUGCUCCAGAGUGUCUCUGGACCCUCUGGAGUCUUCCUGUGAGGAGGACAUUUACACCUCCCUGAGAGACCCACCGUCCUCCUCCUCAGGCUCCUCACCCUCACCCAGACCUCCUCCACUGUCCUUCCCCCUCCCUGUCCUGGACCUUACUUGCAGUCCUCACAACAACGAGAGCAUCAGCAGUGCAGAAAGUUUAGUCUGUCCUUCACUGUUUGGACGUCCAACUCUGCCUCAGCUGACCUUUGACACCUGCGCACAGGUUGAUGAUGUCACAUGGAGCCCCUCGUCUCAUUGUGGUAUGUCCACACCCCCACCUGAACCUGCUGCUACAGCCUCCACCCACCCUCUGAGCAGAACUGCAUCCCUCUCAGGUGUGAAAUGUCCCUCACUGGCCUCUGUCCCUUCAACACCAUCUAGUGAAGAGAACCCAGAUAGAUGUCUGGCUCCAGACGGCAACAAUCAGGUGAAGCUGCAGCCACUCACAGAGCUGGAGAGGUCAUCCAUCCAGCCAGUCAUAGAGAGGGAGGGGAAAGGUCGGAGUGAUGUCAUCAACAAUGGCAGUGAAGAUUUCAGAUCAGAGGAAUCACCCCUGCCUCCCCCCUCUGCCUCCUCUCAGCAUUUGCUUGUCACGUCUACUCCCAACUGUGAUACGUCACCCUCAGGCUCACUGUUCCCUCCUCCUUCGUCCAACUCACUGUGUUUUACCCCACCUAACCCCUCUAGCACCUCCACUCACCCAUUUGAGGAAGGAGGCCCUGACCUCUUUCCCUCCUUCCAUUUGGAUCUGAACUCCGCUCCCUCCUAUGAGCCCCUGUUUGAUCUCGCUCUGCCUCAAGCUGCCUCACUCUUCAUCCGGAAAAAGACACAGGAGAUGUUGGAAAAAGCUCCAGGGCAGCAGGAGAAGGAGGGAGGAGUCGAGGGGGAGGACAGGGAGCAGGAUCAAACCUCUGUCUCCCCUCUAGAGGUUUUGGACCAGUUAAUUGUCCAUGGACAUGAUGCCCAUGAAUGCCUUAGCAGGAGGUUGUCAGCAGUGAAUAAGUCAGUGGAUCGUCAUUUUGGAGGUAAACAGCAGAGCAUGAAAACCAAAGGCCUGGCCUCGGGGGAGGAGCUUCAGUGUCUGAAGAGUCAGCUGUUGCUGAUCCAUAGUCAGCUUCAGUUUGAACGUUUCAAACGGCAGCAGCAUGCCAUCAGAAACCGCCGCCUGCUACGCAGAGUCAUCAGUGCCACUGCGUUGGAGGAGCACAAUGUCGCGAUGAGAGCUCAGCUUUGUGUUCAGGAUGAGGAGAUUCGGUCUCUGAAGUUGAGUCUGAAGGAAGAGCAAAGACGUUACACACAACUGCAGCUGGACGCACAUGCACAAACUAACCAGCUGCACAAGCACGUCCAACAACUGCUGCUGCAGCAACAGGACGCGCAGAGAGACAACCAGAGAUUGCAGAGUGAGCUUCAAGAGUGUCAGACCAGGCUGAAAGUUCUAGAGGCGGAGCUUCAGAGGGCCAAUAACAAGGCUAACAAUGCUGAACACCAGCUGACUCAGCUAUCACUCAAGCUGAGCAGCAGUGAGCAGCUGCAGCAGCAGAUCUUCCUGUUGAACCAGCAGCUUGUACUGCUCAGAGAAACCAACCGAACUCUGACUAAUCAGAUAGAGGGAGGACCGGGCGACCACUGGACUGAGGCAUCCAUGCUGCAGUGCAGUGUGGGUAAAGAGUACCAGCAUCUUAAAGACAGUGAUGUCCAGCAGAGACAGAAGCUAGAGGCAGCCACUCACAGGAUAGCAGAGCUGGAGAACCAGCUGGCCAAGAAAGACCAGCUGAUUCUGGAUCAGAAGAAACUCUUUGAGGACAUGAAGGCCCAGGGCAGAGCGGAGCUCUCGGCCUGUGACAGUCGCUGUGUCGCCCUGCGGAGAGUCACCCAGAGCCUGCAGACUGAGAUGCUUCACCUGUACAGUCAGGUACACCUCGCCAUGGCUACAGACGGCCAACCUUGGGACAUCGAUGGCAGGCCAAAUGGCAGCGGUGUGGUCUUACCUGUUGCUCAGAGCAGCCUCAGGCCCCGCCCAUCCUCUGGUUCUGUUGGUAUAAUAAAUGGAGCUCUAGAGGCUCUCUCCACCUCCCCCCUUCACCUCCCCUCCUGCUCCUCCUCCCCUCUCUCCUUGUCUCCUAUUGAAUCCCCUCUGGCUGUUGGCUCUUAUCUGGAGCAGCGAGCACGGGAACUGUUCAAACCGACCAAUCACAGCCCAGAUGAGGAAGAGGAGGAGCCACAUGAGAGGGAGGAGGAGGAGGAGGAGGAAGAGGAGAAGGAAGAAGAGGAGGACAACGAGGAGGAAGCCAAGCCAGAGAUCCCUCCUUUUGGUCAAGAGAUGGAGGAGACCAUUAUCCCUCCAAGGAGUCCUCAGCUGGUGCCCCCAAGCAAGGCUGCAGCUACCAUCCAUCCUCCCUCUAAACCUCCAGCCCCAAGUUCAUGUCCUGCCCUCUCUGCAGACCUGACCCUAGCUGUUCGACAGAGGAGACACGAGCUGAGCAUCAUGGACUAUGAUGAGACACUGCCAGAGUACUGACGGAGAGCCAGGGGUUGUCCAAAGAUCAGCACCAGUUCAGGUGUCAGCUGACCGUACCUGACUGGGUCUCUUUCUUCUCAUCUGCUUUCAUUCACAUGUUGACUCUGUGCCUUAAAAUACCUAGCCUCUUACACAACAGUGUAUCCUGUGUUGUCCCGUGGAACAGUAGUGGUGUGAUCAACCCAAAGACUGAUGGAAUUCAUUCUGAUGUACAUGAAGCUAGCUUAAAAGCUAACCAGCCAAUAAGCUUACGAUCCGUUUAUUUGUCACCAGCAUGGUUAACAAAGUCAUCAGACUAAAGUUACACUCUACAUAAAUGAAUAGAUUUUUACCCAGAAAUGAUGCCAUUAUAGUGUCAUAAUGAAUCAUUCUUUUCAACAGCUGUGGCAACUAAUGAUAACAUUAACAUAAGCUAAAAUCAUCAUGUGCUUUAAGUUUAAGUCCUUCCAUUUAGAGCUGCUAAUGUUUAAGUAAAUGUGAUUGAGGAUUAAUACACACAGGGUCCAAGAGAUAUAGAUCAGAUAUAACAUAAAAUUAAACUGCAGUCUUAAAACCAAAGGAGCAUCAGUCUGAGUAUCAAUCAACAGAAAAGAUCAAUAAUUGAAGUCAAUAAUUAAUUCAGUCAUCAAUUUACUGCAUAUAAGCUGGUAUAUAACAUCUAAAAGUCUCCUUUGUUUUUACCAAUUUCAUAUUUAAUGUCAGACUGGUCCACAGUACCAAACUAAACAAAAUACCCCACCAAAAUACUAAAAUGCUAUCUUCGGGCUAAUGUUGCUGUCUUCAUCAAAUAAAUAUUAGACAACUAAUAUAAGUUAAUACAUGUUUUUCUUCUAGCAUAUGGCCGAACAAGAAAGAAAGUUUGAAAACCAAAUAAAAUAGCUUUAAAUAUUGCUGAAAUAUUUUAUCUUGCUCAUGUUCUGUCAGCUGCACAAUGAUGAUGAUAAUCAUUAUCAUGAAAUGAGUUAUUCAUCUUGACAGCAGGUUCUUCAGUUACCGUUGUGUUUGUGUCUAAAGAGACUUGUUGAAGUCGGGGAAAUGUAUUAAGCCAAACAUUAGGGAGGAGAAAUUAAGGGAAUUUAGAUUGUUUGAAUGGAUGGAUUUACAGUGUAGCUACAGCAGCUGUGAUCAUCCUGUGCUAAAACACACACCUGCCUUACUGCUACCAAAUAUGAGUUCUACUUUUCACUUUCAAAAAUGAAUGACAUGAUGCUAUAAUAGCAUCAAAACACUGACACUAAUUUAUUCAUGCUACAACAUCAGUGUGAACAAUAUGUUGGGUAGAAAAACAAUUGACUCCAUUGCCAAUAGAUACUUAGCUACGAGCCACUGUUGUGUGCCUCAUCUUCAGGUUAACUUACUACUGUGCGUUCAGUCUGUAGCACGACGUCAGCUGCUGUAACAAGCCUUAAUAUUGUGUUUUAAUAAUAGGUUAUUAGAGCCAAUGCCCUUCAGAUUUUAACAAGUAAAAAGGUCUGAUACUGACAUUAUUUAUAUAUUAUGUUGAAAAGGGAAAUUGUGGGGUUGCUAUCCAUUAACUUCCAAUCAAUAUACCGCAUUUCACAAAUUACUUUCCAUGAAAACACCAUUUGACAGCAGCUUUGUGUGCUACAGACCGUGCUGAGUGUCGGAAUGUACUGAAAACAAAAAAACUCUUUAAUGGCUUAAAUAAUGAGCAUAAAUGUACACUGACAUGAAUGAUCCAAGUCUCCUCAGGUUCACAGCAUGGACACCAGAGUCAGGUGCAAAAAUAUCUUGGUCUAAUUUCAGGAAGCCUAGCUUUGAGGAACUACUGCUGCUGCCAGUCUUUAUGCUAAGCUCAGUUAACCAUGUUCUGGCUCCAGCUCUGUACUUACAACCAGGUUAUCGUAAUAAAGUUUCAGGUAAUGUGAAGCAGUGAUUCUGUACGAUGGUGAAAACCAAAGAAAACUUUUCACAUCAAAAAGUAUCCGAUGUUACAUUGUUAUUACUCAGUAUUUUAUCACUUACCCAACAAACACUGUGAUCAUUUGACCGACACUGGCAGCUCUGAGCCAUGACAAUCACCUGAGACUGAUAUUCUCCUGAGCAUCAGGCAAUAAUGGUGAGUUCAUACUGAACAUGAUUACCUUUUUUUGCAUAAUGGGAUUACAUACAAAGUCAAUGCAAACUCUCAAGUAGACACACAUUAUGUGUCCGUCAUGCCAGGCAACACAGUCCCAUGCCAUUCACUUCAGUCCCUCUUUCAAAUAUUGCAGCAACCUGCAUUUCUUAUACAAUAACAGGAUAUUGGAUGAGUCUCAGUGCUGACUGGCUUUUCCAGCAUGUGAAAUUUUCACGAGGUCAAACGACUCGACUCAAGUGCCUGAAGCGUACAAUAAAAAAAAAAAAAAAACAUUUGCAGGAUUUUAAUUUUGCGUUGUCUUUAAGUCUUUGAAUUAGCUUUGUAUGUAAUCACAUCACGCAAAUGAAGCAUCACAUUCGGUGUGAUCUUAACAUGAAACUUUUUCGCAAAUAUGGAACUAGUCCUUUAAAAUUCCAGUAUGUAGAACUUAUUAGACAUUCAUUACCAAAAAUUGAGUACAAUAUUUUAAAAAGAUUGUUUUCAUUUAUUAAUCAUCCUUUGAAAAUGAAGAAUUGUUUUCGUCAUCUUAACUGAGCUGCUCCUCUUCUGUGGAAUCUAGCUGCCAUGCUAUAGUGCCAUAUAGUUACAUCAUACAUUAAGCUGAGGGAUCCGUGCAAGUUCACAUUCAAAACUGCACUCAUCUUAUAUUUAUUUACAAGUGAUUGAACCAAACUAGUCACACUCUCAAUGAUCUGGUUUAUUGUCUCUCUUUCUUAUUGUCCUAAGUGUUGUUGAUUUCACCUCAAAACUGUGAAUGCUAUACCAGUAAAGAUUCUUUCGAAUCAAACCUC